AUGGGAAAAGUCCUCGAGGACUUUUACACUGGUGACUAUACUCUUGAAUUUGGGAUGUCUAGCAAGAAUGACAAAGACUGGACAGCAAGUUUGGAUUCUGCAGACUCCGAUAUUCUCUCGGAGGCAGUCCUAUCGAAAGAUGUGCGCUGUAUACAAUCACCUUCUACAACGCUUACGCCUGUUGUUCUGGUUGAAGAAUCUCGUUUGAUGUCAAAUAUGGGACCGGCUCGCCGAGACGUGUCUUUUUUGAGCAGCCAUGACUCCGUUGAAGACAACAACGAUGGAGGUGUUGCCACAAGCUGGGCUCCAUUAACCUCUGAAAAUCCACCAUUCUUCCAUGUACUAAUGUAUGGCGAAGGAGACUACUUCUUAGUCGAAGGUCUUAAAGAUAGAGCAUUUAGCUACUUCAUUUCUAAUUAUCUCUAA